AUGCGUGGCGAGAGCCCCGAGCUGGUCCAGGCCGAGGACUGGUCGCAGCCGGCCUCCUUCACCGGCUCCACGACGCCUAUCUUCCUCAUCCACGACGGCGGCGGCACCACCUUUGCCUAUCACUGCCUCAACCCCCUGUACCGCUUCGUCUACGGCAUCCCCAACCCCUACUUCUUCUGCGGCUCCCGCUUCGCCGGCGGCCUCGCCGAGAUGGGCCGUCUCUACGCCCAGCGCAUCCACGCCGCCGUCUCGCAGCCCGACUUCCCCGCCAAGAGGAACGCAGACGGCAGCGUCGACAUCUUGCUCGGCGGCUGGAGUCUGGGCGGCCUGCUGAGCCUCGAGGUGGCUCACCUGCUGGCCCACGAUUGCGCCGUCCGCGUCGUCGGCAUCCUCAUGGUCGACAGCGUCUGCCCGGGCCGGCCCAGCAACUUCCACGGCGCCUUUGUGCCACCUGAUAUCUCGGACGAGGGAAAGACCAAGAACCAGAUCCUAUCGCAGCGGUGCAUGGCCGAGGCGCGCCGCAUGGUGGGUGAAUGGGACGUGCCCACCUGGCAGGGCCGAUACGCAAGCAAGCGGCCCAGGAUGGUGCUCGUGCGCGCGACCGACUAUAUUCCCACACAGGAUUCAAGCAUAAGCAGCUUGGAUAUCAAUAGAAAAGACGCCAUCCUGGGUUGGGGCCGCCACGACGAGGCCAUGUUCGAGCACGUCGUCGACGUCGAGGGCCACCACUUUGACAUCUUUGCCAUGCACAGGAUAGAAUCGACUACGGCGGCGAUUCGGCGAGGCUUGGACACGCUCGAGGCGGCUGUAUAUCCACGGGGGCUGCGAGGCGGCGCGCGAAAGAUGCUCCACAAGUCGUGA